AUGAUUGUUAAUAAGAAGAAGUUGUUGACCGUUGUUGAGAGAGUGUUGGUAUUGACUGCAGAUGGUAGAAAUAUAGUUGGUACACUAAGAGGAUUGGAUCAAAUGAUUAAUGUUAUUCUAGAGCACUGUCAUGAAAGAAUCUACACUGACGAAGGUGUUGAAAUAUUUAAUUUAGGUGUACAUAUUAUUAAAGGUGACGAUGUAAAUCAUUGCUGCACCUCUAAAAUCUAUAGUUCACUAAUGGUUCAGCAAUUACAUUAUAGUUUAAUUUCAUUUCAAAUCAAUUCAAUUCAUUCAAAAGCACUCAAUUAA